UCGACAGGUUGACGGGGAAAAAACUGGGCCCCUCCCAAACGGGCGAGCUCUGCUACAAAGCGCCGACGGUGAUGAAAGGCUAUUACAAACGACCCAGGGAGACGGCCGAGUUCUUCGACGCGGAAGGAUGGUGCAGAUCAGGCGACGCAGGCUAUUACGACGAGGACGGACGUAUCUACUUUGUUCAGCACUUCAAAGAGAUGAUCAAGUGCAUGGACAACCAAGUGGUUCCUGCCGAGCUCGAAGAACUGUUGCUGCGAGAGCACUCGGGGGACAUCAUUGACGUCUGCAUCGUCGGGGUAACGAACAAGGACUACGGAGAAGCUCCGGCCGCCGCUGUCCAGGCAGGAUGCGCAGAUGGCACAAAGGACUUUUCUGAAUUGUCCAGGCGGAUAAAGAAAACUAUCUCCGAAAACUGCGCAGUGCACAAACACGUGUAUGGCGGCGUCUUCUACGUGGACUCAAUUCCAAAGACCGAGUCGGGCAAAACAAACCGUCCUGCUCUCCUCCAGAAAUGUUGCAUAUAAUAAAGUAGUU